AAGAGAUUUGCCAAGUGUACACAUCAAAAUUUCUCAGUUUAUUAUUGCGUUUUGCGUUUUAACCAACUUAUAAUGUGGAAUUUGGUGCUUGACUAUAGCAACAUGAAUACUUGAAGAAUCCAGAGGACUAAUUAAUAUAGAAAAAAAUGUCUGCAGAUUCCGGGAAAAAUCCACUCCCAAGUGGACCUUCAAAUUUGUGUUUCAACAAGGAAGAGUUUAUGAAGAAUGACUUCAAUACAGACCAGUUUGUUAUGGAGUGUAGGCGGCAUGUCUCUCUUGAGACUCUAAGAGAUGAUCUACUGGUUUACCUGAAGGUGCUGAGGAGUGCCAUGAUAGAACUCAUCAACAAAGACUAUGCAGAUUUUGUUAAUCUCUCAACUAACCUAGUUGGGAUGGACAAAGCCAUAGGUAACCUGUCUACCCCACUGGGUCAACUAAAGGAAGAGGUUCUGAGUGUCCAAAAAUCAAUGGAUGAUGCUAUGGAGCAUAUUGAGGAAAAGAUGAAAAGACAAAAACAGAUAAGAGAUCAAAAGGUCUGUCUGCAACGGCUGAUGAGUGUCUCUGCAUCAGUAGAGAAGAUGGAGAGACUUUUGGGUAUUGCUGAGGAUCAUGGGAGUGGCACACAGUAUACUGGUGAGCUGACAGGACAUCUUAUAGAGCGAGUAGCAUCAGAGUUCAACAAACUACAAUUUAACGUUAACAAAACUAGAGGGCACCCUUUGGUGGAAACAAUAAGACCUAGAAUUUCCAACAUUACAACCACUUUACAGUACAGCCUAGAGGGAUCAUUCCGGGAUAGUUUAGACCAGGGCCAGACAGACAUAUUACGGCAAUGUCUACGUAUCUAUGGUACCAUUGAUAAGAUGAGAGAUGCUGAGGCAUUGUUCAGACAACACAUAGUUAGACCAUAUAUGCAAGAGGUAUUAACUGAGCAGUAUAUCCAGGCCAACCCUCAUGGUUUGAGGGGCAUGUACAACAAGGCCCUGGAGUUCAUCCCCAAACACUGUAAACAGUUAAAAGAGGUCACCAGUGGUACAGCUCCAGGGAGUGAGGCUGUGAAAGGCUAUGAUUUCCUGGUGAACUCGGUUUGGCCAGAAAUAGUGUCCAACAUAGAGGCAAGAACUCCAAGCAUAUUUGCCCCUGGAAACCCUGAUGUUUUCCAUGAGAAAUACACUAUAAGUAUGGAUUUUGUGGAUAGAUUUGAGCGCCAAUGUGGCAGUCAGGCAAGUGUGAAACGUCUCAGGGCUCAUCCAAGCUUCAGCACUUUCAUGACAAAAUGGAGUCUUCCUGUUUAUUUCCAAAUAAGAUUCCAAGACAUUGCUGGUAGCUUUGAGCUGGCCCUGGAGACUGGGCUCAAUAAUGCAGCUGAAGACUCCAAAUACCAUCUCCAUGCCACAGAUGUAUUAGCUACUUGUCUGAGAAAAUGUUGGCAAAAUGAUGUUUUCCUUAUACCCCUGUGCCACAGAUUCUGGAAAUUAACCCUUCAGCAUCUCUCCAGAUAUGCCACCUGGAUAGAGGAAGUAAAGAAUGAUGAGCUGAACAGAAAACCUGUUGUGCCGAAAGCUAAGAAACCAGGUGUUGGUGAACAGGUAGCUGAACCUGAGGGUCCCCCUCCACCCCCUCCCAUUACUAUGGGCCAAAUUGUGUGCCUUGUCACUGAUGCUGAGCUUAUAUGUAACCAGAUUUCUGAAAUGUUUGAUGAAAUAAUGUCUCCUAAGUUGGCACUGAUUGGUUGUCAUGACAACCCUUUACUUACAGAGAGUUUGAAUGAAUCUAAAGUUAUGAUCUUGGCUCCCCUGCCUGUGUUCAACGAAUACAUCGUGGAUGACAUCACAAACCAAUGUUCAGUCCAUCUGAAACUAGUCAAUGAUAUUCCAAGGCUUUAUAGGAAAACCAACAGAGAUAUACCUUCCAAAGCUUCCAACUACAUUUGCAACAUCUAUAAACCAAUCAAAAUCUUUGUCUCGGAGCACCAAGGGGCCCUCAGCAAAGACAAACAGAUUGAGAUUAUAACAUGUGUUCUCAAUAACAUCCUGAAAUCAUAUUACGGAAUAACGUCAGAUUUGUUGACAUCAGUUAAAAAGAUGGAGGACAGUUUAAAAAGGUUGAAGAAGGCACGUAAAACUGACAAGAGUGCAGGUACCACAGGAAUGAGUGAUGACGAUAAAAUACGACUACAGCUCUCAAUAGAUGUCACUGAGUUUAAGAAUCAGUUUGAGGAAUUGAAUCUUGAGGCAAGUAAAGUUGAGGACUUUAAAAAGAUGCAAGAUCUGGUUGAAAGUGCAAGAACUGGAGUUACCACAUGAUCAAAAGUUGCCAGAAAUCUAAUAAUGAAUUACAAAAUGUGCUAUUGAAGUCACUUUGAAUGCACAUUACAUGCACUUACUCUGUAUAACAAAUCACAUCAAAAUUGAUGGAACAAUAUUCGAAGAAUUUGUCACAAAGUAUGGACUGAAGUUUCAUUUGGAGAAAUAAUGAUGCCGCGAGAGAAGAAGAUGUCAAUGUCUUGAAAUAUUCUUAAUUGAGAAAUAUCUAAAUCAUUGUUGAACAUUGUUGUAACAUAAUGGCUCAUAGGUUUUGGCUCAAAGCUUUGGCUUAAAACACUAAACAUCUCAUAUUUUAGGAGAUUUCACAAAAAAUCAUUAAGAGAUUGUGCAU